AAAUAAAUAUCCGUGGCAAAUGACGGACUUUCUUUACGGGAGGCGUUUCCAAGCAUCUGAAACAACAAUAUAACGCGCCCGGCGCAGAACGGGUUAAUUUAAAGCCAGUGUUUGGGAAAGUAGUUCCAGCCUGCCCUCCCUCCCCUCCCCUUCCUUGUCCUUUGCAGGACGCGUCACCCUGGGUGUGGAAGGGAAUAUCCAUGCGCAGGGUUGCUAAGGGUGAAACUUUUCAUUUACUUUGCUCACUUUGGGCCAGGGAGAGGGUGGCUUCAGGUUCCCUGCGCAGGGAGGGAAGGAAGGAAGUAGGGGGCGCCCCAGUCAACAUCCCCCCACCCCACUUCUGAUUGGGCCUGUAGAAGGGGGAGAAGUUAUCUAAAACAGCAUCCAUUUAAUUUUUUUAUAUAAAAAAAAUCGAACGCCCACCACCAUAUCAGCACUUUGUGAGAGAGGAACUCCCAAGAAACACCCUGGAAAGAAAAAGAAGCCACCAAACCAUCUCACCUGGUGCUGAAAAAAAGAAGUAAGUGAUGGCUUAUUGCUAGAAUUGAGGGGUGAUGAGGGCAAAGGAAGAGGAACGAUUUCCAUAGUCACACGAUUUAAAUAUUUUCUCGAACGGUGUUUUUCUUCCGCACGCCGGCUUAUCUCGUUGGGGUUUUGCUGCGCCUCGUAUAUUCCUUUAAGGAACGAAUUAAUCGCAUUGUGCUAAUAAGAUUUUCAGAAGCCGCCAGUCUUCCAACUCCGCUUCUGGUUCUCUCAAGGAGAGAAGGGCUGGCUUCUACUCAAAUCAUCGUAGGCAGAUCUGCUCUGCCCCUUUAAAAGAAAGGAGGAAAAAAGGAAUCCCUGCCUUAGUCUUAAUAGCGCUGUGUCUCUUACACGGCACUCUUUGCCCCCCCCCCCAAGCGAUUAAUGUUUUUCAUUUCAUCGUGAAGGGAGGUUGAAAGUCAUUUGGGUUGAACGAUUGAAAAAUGUCCCCGGUUCACCAUUUUGUUUUUACUCAUUUUACCGGAGUGGAUUAAAAACAAACAACAACAGCCACCCCAGAUCCCUCAGGUAAUUCGCGAGGAUCGAGUCCUUGGACCACCUAUCGUGCAAAAAAACCUCCUCUCUGCCUUCCUCCCAGGUUCGUGUCAAUUAGGGGAGGAAAUUUCGAUCCUUUUUAAGAAUGUAAACGGUGGUGGAGGUAACAACAACAACAAGAACAACACCAAAGGGCUGGCCGUGGGGGAUCUUUGGGACCCGAGCGAGGAAAAAGAUGGUUUCUGUUCCGCUCCGUUCCGCUCAAUCCGGAUCAAUACUCAAAAGCUCGGCUUUUGUCAGGAAAAAAGAUGGUUCCAGCCCGUUUUGUGCUCGAACUUUCUUUCCCCCUCCCUCCUCGGAAUAGAGCCCCGGGGGCCUCUUUAGGAUUUCUUAUGUCACAAACGCAGACCUAAAACAAAGCAAAUAUAGAUAUGUUUAUAUUAUAGUGCGGGGUAAAGAGGGGGGAGAAAUCCCGCUGCCCCAAAGCUUAGGUGGGAUGAUGAACUUGUUCUCCUUCCCGCAGUGAUUUAAUAAUGGGAUGGAGGAGGGGAGGCUCAGGAAAACCAAACGGCAGCCCUGGGCUCGGUUUUGGGAGCAGUUUUCGGUGUGGGAAGGGCCUUUGGCCGCCUUCUUCCUCUCAUCCAUCGUGACAGCCACCUUGUGAGGUAAAUUAGGCCCAGGGAUCUGCCUCGGAGGGCCCUGCAGGUGCGGGCCUGGGGCGGCUUGGAGCCCAAAGCCACAUUUUUGCACUGCCCUCGAAUUUAAUUUUGGGGUGUCGCCUCCGCGCCCCCCCCCUUGUUGAGAAGGGAGAUUUCGGGAGGGAAGGCUCUCAGCUAUGGGGCGGGGGCGCCUGUGACCCAGAAGCUUGGGCGGCCCUGAAAGGAGAGCCCAGAGCCUGGAGGUAAAGGUCAGGGCCAGAUCACCUUCACUCGGCCUACGCUUCUCCUCGGCCUCCGCCCAUCUUUGGCGGGGGGGUGCCUGCCUUUAGGUCGAAAGAGGAGGCUGCAAGCGGUUCUUUGGUGCGUGCAUCCCUCGGGAAGGGGAGGCGGAGGCCGGCUGCUGGCUGGGGAGGGAGAAGGGGAAGCGGCCCUUCCUCCUCCCCCCCCCCCAGUGCAGGCCGCAUCUCCCUGCUUGGUGCCUUGGCUAUCAGUUUCAAGGCGCACUUGAACUAGGGGGGAUUUACUUUCGAGUAUUGCAAGGACGCCUUGCCAAGUCUCUAUUUCGUAGGCCUAGCAGCUCUGCGUGUGUGUGUUGGUGUGUCUUUUUUUGGGGGGGGGGUUGUCUACUUCUGAGCUACCCAGCAGGAGCAGAUGUGAGUUGCAGCCGUAACAAUAAGCCCUGAUUGAAAUUUCCUCCGCUUAAUCCAUCUCCCGCCCCGCAAGCCGCCUCUCCGCGCGGGGGAGAAAGAGGCCGAGAAAUUAGUUAUUCCACAUAGAAAUCCAACAAUGCAAGAUGGCAUGUUGGGGCCGGGGGGGGGGUGGAGGGGGGAGAAGCGUUGAGCAAUCGAGCACAGAGAGCGCAUGCGCCUUGGAAAAUUUUGUGCCGUGCUCCACUGAGCAGGCGCUCGCUGUCUGGGCCAGCUUUGGCGCAAAGCAUAUUGAGAAGGGUAGUUAAAAGGCAAAGUAGGUCACUCGCCCAGGCGCUGCAUCUUGUGUAGGAGAAAAGAAGGGCUCGCUACGUAGUACAACUCCCGGGACACUCCAGUCGAGGCGGAGGGGAGGGGGCCAGCCUUAAUGGGUGUUGAGGCUUCCUUGGCUGGGUCAUUCAUCCGUGGACAGGCGAUUAUUGAAGUUGUGGGGCAGGAGGCGGGCGGAGAGCAGGUCCCCGUGCGGGACGGUAAUGCCAGUUUUGCGUGCGCGAGGAGGCCUGGGAGGGAGGUGCCCUGUGCAAAUAACGCCCACAGACGCAGGAGGUUUUGGCAGGAGAAGAGGGAGUGGGUUGUGCAAUCGUGGAUCGAGAACGUGUCUUCCUCGGGCUUGCCCCUCCCCAGGCACCGUCGCUUUGUAUUGCAUCUGUACUUAAUUCAGAUUAUCCUCUGAAAGUGGGUGCAUUGGUGAGGUGGGGGUCAACUGAAUUGAAGGUUGCUCUUUUGCUUGGGUGUGGCUUGCAAGCAAAUGUUAGGAGACUAUUAUGAGAUUCUGGCUUAUUGGGUAAAGCAAUGAUGAAGCCAGCGUUGUACCGCUUUCCUCCCCCCAAUAAUUGCCGUAUUUUGUGUAAGGGUCAGAAACCUGGCUGACAAGGUCAUUAUUUUAAGUAUUUACUCAAUAUGACUGGACCACUGUAGAAUUUCCUCAUGUGCAAGUGAUGUACCUUGACAAUGCCUGUAUUACUGAGACAUUAUGCCCUAAUGCCAGAGAUUGUUCUUGCAUCGAAUCAUAGGCAAAUGUUGUGUAGCUCAUUAUUCCACAUUGUGUCAUGUGCUUGUAAUUGUCUCGUGCAAAAUAAAUUGCUACUUGCCUCUGACAUUUUCAGAACCAUAGGCUGUCCUGAGGUAAUGUGCACCUUUAUUGAUGAAGUUCUGCAGAGAAAACAAGGGAUUCCGUAUUGACUGUUAUGCUUUGCCACCUGCAGUCAUCCCCUGUGUAGGUUGCCAUAUUAACAGCCUAGGGAUUACUGAAUCCUGAUGGAUAUAAAGCUUAUUUUGUUGACAUGGAAGCUAGAUUUAUAUUCCUUGGUGGACAUUUUUUCUAAAAUAAUUUAGACUGUUGUGCUAAAUUAUGUGGGGUCAGCUAGUGUUUGAUGAUUAUUAUUUGUAUAGAUGCUAUAACACAAACAUUUAAUUUAUCAUUGCAGUGAUAAAUGCAGCAUGGUAUAGCCAAAGAGUAGAAGAUUAGAUAUCUGUAGUUUUUCGUACUAUCUUUGAAGACUCACAACCAUUAAAGUUCUGCGUGUAGAAAAGUAAUACAUUCCUUUCAUUUCCCUGAGAGAGAAAGAGCCAGAUGGACAAGGGAACUCCUGUGAGAGACAAUCUUUCCAUUCUCCAGCUGUAGAUGCCUGUCUUAAAGCUAUACUAUGAAAGAGCACCCCUCAAUCAGGACAAUGGUAUUUAGGUCUGAAGGUUGCAAUCCUUUGUACACUUAUCUGCAAGUAUGUCCCUUUCAACUUGGUAUUUACUCCUGUGCAUAAUUACUCUGAAGUGAGCUGUAACUUAAUAUUCUGACCAAGGCAUUCAGCAUGUACAUAAGCAAAAACAGUUUAUUUCCUGAAAACAUACUUGUAGACAGCUCUGUGUCCCUUUAGAAAGAAAGAAAUACUAUCAGAUCUGAAUUAUAGUAGCUAGUUUCCAAAAUGUGGCAUCCUUAUAGAAAUAUAAGGUCUCUUAAUGCCAGUCAUGUAUUACCCUCUCAAGUUUGCUAAGCUUUCAGUACAGCAGACUGAAACUUUGCUAUAUGUGGAAUAAAUGCAGCCUAUUUGUUUACUGAGGGUGGUGUGGGUUGAACUUGCACAUGAGCUUCUGUUCCAAGCUGAUUGUGUGCUUUAUGGUAGGGGUUCCCAAACUGAAUAUCAUUCAGGUGUUUCACAGCAUGCUGGUGAAGGAAUUCUAUAGAAUCCUAUGAAAUUCAAAUUGUAGUACAACAAAAUAACAAUUUAAGAAAAGAAGAAGCAAUAAAAAUACAAUUAAAAAUCAUACAGUAUUUAGCACAGUGCAUUCUGUUGUGAACUGACCUGUGAUCUUUGGAUAAAUGGCAGUAAGCAAAUGUAAUAAUAAAAUUACAAAUAAUUAUAAUUGCUGCAAGAAGCAUAAACAGAAUUUAGGGGUUUGCCAAGACCCGUGGGGGGAGAAAUCUGGGGGAGGGGGAGAAAUUUGAGGAUCAUUGCUUUAACAAUAGUUCUUUAGUCAGAAAUCCAUUGGAAGGCUCCAUCUUAAAGAGUUUGUUUGACUGCCUAGCUUGAAAAUGUUCUGCUUCUAGUUGACCUUUCAGAAAUUUGCCUUACUCAAAUUUCUCCUGUGGCAAUUUCCAUUUUAAGAAGCACAUUCAAAUAGCUGUGAUAAAACUUCUCACGGUUUAGUAACUCCUGAAAAACAAGCUCCAAGGUCUUGGGCUGUGCUGUUAGCGGUCAGGCCAUGGUCAACUAUAUAAGACUGCAUUCAGAGGAAUUUUUUUAGAGAGCUCUUCGGCUAUUUGCUGCAACUUGAUAAUACAGCAGGCAUAGAAUCGGCAGGUUUCUGUGCACAUACUUAAUGCAGAGUUUAGUUUUUUAAGGCUUUAGUGAAACACAAUAACACAAAGUCCUGCUGGUUCAAACCAAAGGCCCAUCAAAUCCAGUUUAUUUCCUACAGUGGCCAACCAAAUGCUUAUGGGAACAAAUGCAGCAUAAGUCCAAUAGUCUGCUCUUGUUCCCCAGCAACUUUCAGAAGCAUGUUGCUUCUGAUCCUGGAGAACAGCAUACAGCCAUCAUGACUAGUAGCCAUUGAUGGGGCUACUUUCCAUGAAUCUGUCUACUCUCUCAAAUACUGGUAGUGGCCAGUGUUUGAAAUUUGCCAGGUGCUUUUUGCAGCUGGCUAUCAGCCACUUGCAGCCAGGUGAAGAUGCCCGGGCGCCAGGAUGGUGCCUGCCAUCUUCACCAUCUGGAGAUGCAUGCCUGAAAUCCUUGGGUCUUGAAUGUUUUCACACAGUUGCAUCGCAUCCUGUAGAAUUCUUUAUAUUAUAUUUUAUUUGCACAAUCAGAAUGAAUUCAGGAACCAAAAAGUCAUUUUGAAAAAUACAACUUUCAAGCUGUCUGGCCCCAAAAUGGCAACUAGGCAUUCUUUUUGGCGAAUGCAACCCUGGUUUUAAGGAAUCACCACCUAUAAUCACUACAUCUUCUGGUAGAAAAUUCAGUAUCUUACCUGUGUACAGUUUGUACAGUCAUUGUGUGCUAAUUCCUUCUUUCACACAAUUUUGUCUAAUUCCAGCUGUUCAUACACCAGAUAGGCAGAUAAGCUGCCACAAGUGUUCAGAAAUGGCGUGUAAGAUGGAAACUUAUCCAGUAGCUUCCUUUGUUGUUCCUAAUGCUGUAGUUAGAGGUCUCUUUGUUCCUUCUUCAGGAUAAGCUUAGAUUUCUUCUUAGCUCCAAGCACCACACCAGAAGAAGCAGCUUGACAUAUAUGUCAGAAGUUUGGAGUGUAUCCUUUGCCCUUGCUUUUUAGUAGGCACUUGUUAUAGGUGAUCCUAAGGAAGCAAAAAGCUAGUCUCUAUCCUGCUAAGCUGCCAAGAUAAUACAUAUAGCUUUCAUUUUAAAUAUCUUUCAUUUUCUAUUAUUUUUUUCUGGGGCAUUUAGAGUUGUAUUUAAUAGAAUGAGUGAUGAUUGGAGGUCUCCUAGAAUGUUAGUUAAAAAAAAGGGGGGGAUAAAGAAGAAAAUUUGGUGUUUGGGAAUCUAAGUCAGUCUUCCAUAAUCUAUUGUCCUUCAGAUGUUUUGGGUUUCAUCACUGGCCAGUGGUCAGUGAUGAUGGGAGUUGUACACCAAAACAUUAGAGGUCAGCACGUUGGGAAAGCCUGACCUAAAGUUCUCUUCCAGGCCACAUAGUACUAACCUUCCUGAGUCUUCCUGAUGAAUGUAUGCCUUGUUUUUAUAUCACUUGGGAUCAGAAGCUACUGUUAGUUCCAUCCAGGAUUAUCUUCUGUUUAUCUGAGUUGACCUUCUGAAGCUAUUUUCAGAAGAAACACCUUUUCAGCUUUUAGUUAUCUAUUUAAUAUUACAAUGUCAAGGAUUACUGGUGUUACCACAAUGGGAUGAAUCACCACUAAACUAGUUUCUGUCGUUUGAAAUGUAUUGAUCUGCGUUGCUCCAGUGUCUUAAAAUGAAACUUCGACUCAUUAAGACAGUAGCAACUACAUGAAAGCUCUGCUAGUGGUGCUAUCAAUGGCAUUGUCCAGACAGCAACACCUCUCUUUAGUGGUACCCCAGUUAUGAAAAUCCUUCCCACUGGAGGUGCAGUUGGUCUCCUUAGCAAUUUUAGGCACUUUAAAAAAUACGUAUUUAUUUAUUGAGGCUCUUGAAGGAAGUUCAGGCACUCCAAGGGUGUAUAUUUUGCUGGUUUGAUUUACUUUAUAACAUUUAACUUACUGUGAUUUUUUAAAGGAUCUAUCAUAUUUUUUUAUUGUGUAGUUUUACAGCUUUUUAUGUUGUAUAUCACCUUGCAAUUUUUGGCUGGUGAGUGGCCUAGAGAUAAAUUAAUAAAUAAUAAUGUUUGACAGCAUACAAAGAACCAAAGAAAUGUGUAUGUGUUAAACACAUAAAGGGAUAUUCUUCUUUACAAUCGUCAAGGUGCAAAUGCACUUUGCACAGUCUUUUAUUUAUUAUUGCCAGUUAAGAUGUUGAAUUUUCAGGAAUCAGUUUCUGCAACUAAAAGUAUAACUAUUGUGCUGCAACAGUAUUAAAGAUACAGUAUUUCCACCUUACAUUUCAUUUCUCUUUGUCUUUUUCAGAAUUGUUUGGAGCCAAAAUCCGUCUAUGUUUGUGUCCGCUGUCUAUUUUUAAUAUACUGCCCUACCUUGCUUGCUGUGAAGGGAGUAUGCAUCUGGAGAUCAAAGUUGCUCUGAACUUCAUCAUCUCAUAUCUGUACAACAAGCUUCCACGGAGGCGGGCCGACUUGUUUGGUGAAGAGCUAGAGCGGCUGCUGAAGAAAAAAUAUGAAGGCCAUUGGUACCCAGAGAAGCCCCUGAAGGGUUCUGGCUACCGCUGUGUUCACAUUGGGGAGACGGUGGACCCCGUAGUCGAGAUGGCAGCCAAGCGGAGUGGGCUGGCUGUAGAGGAUGUGCGGGCCAAUGUUCCUGAAGAACUGAGUGUCUGGAUUGACCCAUUUGAAGUCUCCUACCAGAUUGGUGAGAAAGGGUCUGUUAAGGUCCUAUAUCUAGAUGACAGCGAGGGCUGCAGUGCAGCUGAGUUGGACAAGGAGAUCAAGAGCAGCUUCAAUCCUGACGCUCAGGUGUUCGUCCCCAUUGGCAGCCAGGACAACUCCUUGUCCAAUUCUCCAUCCCCAUCGUUUGGCCAGUCACCCAGCCCCACGUUCAUCCCUCGCUCUGCCCAGCCCAUUACCUUCACCACUGCCACUUUUGCUGCCACUAAGUUUGGCUCAACCAAGAUGAAGAAAGGCGGAGGAGCUGGAGCAGCCACCAGUGGCACAGGGGUUCCACCACAGCAGCAGCAGCGCCUGGCCAGGUCGCCCACCAACGGCCUGCUGAAGCACAAAGGUCUCUCCCUGUCUAUGCAUUCUCUGAACUUCAUCGGGGGCAGUACGGCCCCUCAAUCUCAGCUCUCCCCCAAUGCCAAGGAGUUUGUUUACAAUGGUGGAUCACCAGGAGCUAGCAGCCUCUUCUUUGAUGGUGUAGCCACCGAAAACCAGGCCGGCGGCAUGCCUCCUGCAUCCCAAUUCAGUGCCAGUGGUGGCAGCGGCGGCAAUUUUGACAUGGCUCAGGUCUUUGGGGGCAGCACCAACAGCCUCUUUCUGGAGAAGACACCCUUCGUGGAAGGACUCAGCUACAAUCUGAACGCCAUGCAGUAUCCCAGCCAGUCGUUCCAGCCAGUGGUUUUGGCCAACUGACCACCAUGAGAGUAUUCUGGGGAAAAUAACUUCCAAAAAAAGAGAAAAAAUAAUUAGAAAUAUUUGAAAUCUUAUAAAUAUAGCUUCUUGGAAAGAGACAAAUCCUGAUUCGUUGUGUCAUGCCAGGAAGCGCUGCUGAAGCACUGAUUAUUUUUUUAAACUUGUUUCCUGUGCUCUUUCCUAUCCGUUGUUGUACACUUAAUGAGGAAGGUUAUUGUUCCAGCCCAGCAGUGGUGGGAGCCAGAGCCACUUUAUAUUAUGUCCCAUGCUGCUUCUUGGAACUGGUUCUCAAAUAUUCUUACUGCAAGGAUGGCAUUUUUCAGGGUGCUGUCAUGUCCCUUGCAGCCAGAUACCUUGAUUUCCCCCCCCUCCCUGUUUUGGAGUGAUGGGGGGUGAUUUAGAUGGCUUCUGGAUGUGUGAAGUCUCAAGCACUUCCUAGGGUAGGCCUGGGCUUCUCAAUGCGUAAUGAGAGGCCCAGACAGUGGAGCAAAUGUAUUCAUUUCUCAUAACUCCAUUUUUGUAUUCCUAUUGCAAAAUGGGAGUAGAACAAAGUUCUCAGCUUCUGUUUCUUCCUGCGCUAACUGGUGAUGGCAAGGCCUUAGCCCCUCUAGCUUCAGGGGAAUGCUGGAAGGGGCAGCAUUGUAGCAUCUGGGACAGGUUUUUCCCCCCUACAGUUUUCCAUUGUAAGCACCUCCUCUCCCCUUAGCCCCCUUAAGAGUCUGGAGUUAGAUAUACUCUUUGGGAAGCUUAGAUCCCAUGUCAGCUGCUAAUGCUAUGAUGUAUAAAUAGGACUCUAGAUGCAAACACUUCUGACUUGUGAGAAAAAUUGAUCCAUGUAUAUUGCACUCUCUUUCAAGGGUAGGAGUGAGAGCUGGCCUUCCAGGGUUUUUUUGUGCCUGAGCAGCCCCCAUUGAUGUUCCUCUGGACCAAUUGCCUUGGUUUAUGGGGUUCUGAGCUCUUCUGUUGACAGCCGAGCAUUUGGUUACUAAUUCUCAUGGAAAGGAUGGUUUCCUGCUCUUGACUAUGAUAGCACUACUUUUUGGCAGGGAAGAGGGAGUUACAGUGCAGACUGCUUUCUGGAUGAAUAGCAUGAGGGUUUGCACUUUGAAUCUCAUGUCUCUUAAGACUUCUGACCAAAAACCUUAUGAUUUUUCAUUUGAAAGGAAGCAGGCAUUCCUGUACGGAAGAGCGCCCCACAUAUCAGGUCCAGUCUGGACUUGUUCCAUUUCGAGACUCUGCAUGAGGAAUGAAGUGGGCUUGCUGUAGAAUGUUGCUCAACAUGUGGUGAGAAGAAAGUGUUCUCUGAUAAGAAUGUAGAGUCUCUCCUUCCUUAUUGUUGCUAUUGAACUAGGAAUCCUAAUGGUAUUCCCUGCAUCUCCCUUUUCUGUCAUGAGAGGACAGCCUGGAAGACAGGGACAGUAGUGGCCUUCAAGAGUGAGUUUUUUUCUUUUCUUUUGGCAGAUGAUUGGCAAACCUUUCCCCAUCUAUGCCUUGUGAGAUAAUUACUGAGUCCAAAAGUUUACUUAUCUAUGGCGAUAAGGGGUGAGAGAGAACUUCAGGGGAGAUAACAUAGAUGUGGCUGUGGAUUACAUACUCUAGGCAUAUUCUCUCUACCAUCACUAUCUGCUCCCCACCCCCAAACAGCAUGGUUUGGACCGUGUAUAAAGUGUUGCUUUUGCACCUUCUCUGGCAAAGUCAUAUUGAAUAAAUAAGCUACAAUUCUAGAGCUCUCUGGUGACUUGACCUGGAGACUUGCGUUUCCACUUAAGCUAAACUGAGGAUUCCCUGUAGGACUGUAUAUGAGCCUUAACUGCUACAAGCAUCUGUCCUCCUGUGAAGGAUGCCUAACUCUGAUGCACUAGAGAUCAUUUGGUGAAAUGGAUGGGAAAUGUCUCCUGCCCAGGCCACAGUGAUGUGGCUUAUGCAGGAGAUCUUCUCUAGGUAUCCCCUGGUUGAGCCCUUUUUUUGUUUCUUUGUACCCCUUCUUACCCCUGCCUCUUUGCUGGGCUGAAGAAAAGGACACUAAAAAAGAAAAAACUUAUUUGCAUUCUGCCUGUUUUCUGUGAGCCACUAAGGGGUUGAGGAGGGAAGAUACUAUUGGGCAGUAAUGUGAUGGGUGAAGUUUCAUGAAGCUAGAAGUCCUCAACCUGAACAAGACACGUUAGACCUCUUCAGUAAACACAUUUGUUUGUCUUCCCCCCACCCCACCCCACCCCCACGCCCAACAUUACCACUGCCACCCACUUUUUACCCCUCAACAUGUACUGUAGACUGCCAUGCUUUUACACUGGACUUCCUCCCUAGGAGAGCUGCUGGCUCCCUAUCUGCCCAGCAUAAUCUCCGCCGAGAACUUCCACAUGCAGCAGAAAGCUGCCCUGAGCCACUGCCUUGGGUGGGGUUAUGUACCCUUCUCAGGCUUAAGUAUAUUGAAGGGAGGGAGAGAACCUCACUAGCACCUGCAACAUGUGAUGUUUCACACUGCUUUAUCCUGUUAACUGCAUUUUGAAAAGAAGUCUGCGUUCAUAAGGAGGAAAAGGGGAAGGACCAACCUCUGUAUUUCCUAAAGGAACACAUACCGUGCUUCAGAAGCAUUUCCAGUGCUGGCGACAAUGAAACUCACGGCCUCUUUUUUGGUCUUGUUGUCUCAAGAGUUAGACGUUCAGCUUCAAUUUUAUUUUUAAAACCUGCACUAAUUUACCUGGUUUCUUAGGAAGAAAAAGAGAUUUUUUUUAACUUUUAUUUUUAUGGGUUUGUGUUAAUUUUUUUGUUGUCCGUUUAUAUUGAAUAAUUUGCUACAUUUGUAAAAUGUAAGAGGUAUAUAUAAUAUAUGUAUAUUUCUAACGUAAAAAAAAAUUGAACUUUUUUCUUUUCAAGAUUUUUUCUUAGAGGAGAGAGAAAAAAAUAUUUUUUCAGGAAAAUUUUAAAAAAGCAGCAGUGAAAGCUCCUUUUCUCCCCUCGCUUCCCUCCUUCCUGACCCUUUUUGAAGAGCGAAUCAGCAACGUGUGAUCUUGGAGUAUGGAUGGACACAAAGAGGACAGAAUUAUGUAUGUUUUUUAAUGCAGAGGUCCAUGCUGUUCUUGUUGGGUUUUUUGGUUCUUACAUGCAGGGGGCCAUUGAGUAGGGAUCCAGAGGGGGUUUCGUUCUUUUUCUUUCUUUUUUCUCUAGCGAAGGAGGAAUACAAUCAGAGUUUUGUAUUCAGAAUGUUGUGCAAUAUUUUGGAACAGGACAUUGGCGUGUCUAGAGAUUUAGUUAAAAAACAACAAAGGUUGAUCAAAUCUGUACAGUUUCUAUUGUUCCAGAUUUUUUUAAGUUUGUAUUAAAAGCAUGAUAUAUAAUAG